AUGAUUGAGGUGUACGAGAGGACUGGGAAGUGGCGGAACUACCCCACGGGGGUGCAUGUGGCGAAGGAAGGAGAGGCGGUGAGAAUUCUGGGAGCAUUCAUGGGAAAUGGAGUGGAACAGUGUGCGGUAUGGACUCCGAAGAUCGAGAAAGUACAAGCAGUGCUGGAACGAUGGAAGAUGGGGCACGCCACCGUCCUAGGCAAAGCGCAGACCGUGCAAAUGAUGGCGGGCGGCAUGACACAGUUCCUGACCGAUGUCCAGCGGAUGCCAGGCGCGAUAGUGAAGAGGCUCAACAAAAUAAUACGCAACUAUGUAUGGAGUGAUAAGCCACACGUCCCGAUAGCAACAGAACACCUGUACCUUCCGAUAAGUGAGGGGGGCAUU